ACUGCUCCCCCUAUGGAUUUCAAGAAAACAAGACUAAACAAGCCCCGGAUGAAAUUGCAACUCAAUUCAGCAGUUUUCUCAAAAUUCUUUAAAAGGUCGUCAGAGCAGUAGAAUUUUCUCAGUUACGAGUUAGCAAUUGCCAAUAAUGUCUUAUUUGCCGGCUGGAGUGGAUAACCUUUUAUUAUGCACAGAUUCUUAUAAGGUCACUCAUCAUCGACAAUAUCCUACAAAUACUACAAAGGUUUAUUCUUAUUUUGAAAGUAGAGGUGGAAAAUUUGAGAAAACUGUUUUCUUCGGCCUACAAUACAUAUUGAAGAGAUGGCUUGUUGGUCAGGUUGUAACCAAGGAGAAAAUUGCUCAAGCAAAAGAAUUAUACCACAAACAUUUUGGUCAAGAUUAUUUCAAUGAGGAAGGUUGGACUUAUAUUUUAAAGGAACACAACGGUUAUCUACCUAUUGAAAUCAAGGCUGUACCUGAAGGUACUGUUGUUCCCGUUAAAAAUGUUCUUUUUACGGUGGAAAAUACUGAUCCCAAGUGUUAUUGGAUCACAAAUUACUUAGAGACCAUCUUUGUUCAAGUUUGGUAUCCAAUGACGGUUGCUACUAAUUCGAGAUAUCAAAAAGAAAUAAUUGCCAAAUAUUUAAAUUUAACAUCUGAUUCAUUAGAAAGUUUACCAUUUAAAUUGCACGAUUUUGGUUUUAGAGGCGUCUCAUCAGUAGAAACUGCCGGAAUUGGUGGCGCAGCACAUCUUGUAAACUUUAAAGGAACAGAUACAAUUGCGGCAAUAUGUACUGCAAGACAGUAUUAUUCAUGCGAUAUGGCCGGUUUUUCUGUACCAGCUGCUGAGCAUAGCACAAUUACAACAUGGCAAAAAAGUGGCGAAAGAGAAGCGUUUAAAAACAUGUUGGACCAAUUUCCAACUGGUACAGUUUCCGUUGUAAGUGAUAGUUAUGAUAUCUACAAUGCUUGUGAUAAUAUUUGGGGAAAGGAAUUGAGAGAUCAAAUAAUAGAAAGAAGUAAAACGAAUGGUACAUUGGUGAUCAGACCCGAUUCAGGAGAUCCCGCUACAGUCAUUUUAAAACUGUUGAACCUUCUGGAAAAGAGAUUUUCAACCACAACUAACUCCAAAGGAUAUAAAAUGCUCCCAUCUUAUUUACGAAUCAUUCAAGGUGAUGGUAUUUGUUAUGAAACUUUAGGUGAUAUACUAGCAGCUUUGGAAAAAGCCAAAUGGUCCUCGGAAAAUUUAGUCUUUGGUUCUGGCGGAGCUCUUUUACAAAAACUCAACCGCGAUACUCAAAAAUGCGCUUAUAAAUGCAGCUUUGCAGAAAUAAAUGGAAAACGAGUAAGCGUUUAUAAGCAACCUAUAGAUGAUCCGGGAAAGAAAUCUAAAAAAGGAAUUCUGACUCUUCAACAAGAAGGAAAUUCAUUUGUGACUAAGGAAGAAGGUCAAGGUGAUUCAUCGAAGAAUCUACUCAUUCCAGUAUUCCGAAAUGGAAAACUUCUAAUUGAUUAUAAUCUCGAUACCAUCAGGAAAAAUGCCGAAAUUGAUAUCUUGAAGAAAUAA